GUGAUUAUAUCAGACACACCCAGAUAUAUACAGGUAUAUAAGGCAGCUGACAGUGCACCUGAAGGCUAACCACCAAACAGGUGACCAAGACAACAGGAGGAUGGAAGAGAAGGGAGCAGAUAAUGGAGUGGCGGACAUAGCAGCCUGCUACCAGGGAUUUGAUCCUGUAGCGUAUCUACAGAAUAACUACAGUCCAGCAAUAGCUGAUUUUGAAAGAAAGGAUGGCCUUGAACCUUGGAAACUGGCAUGCCUACACAGAGCUUUCACUGAAGGCGAUGUGCGUGGUGAGCUGCUGGUGGACGUGGGUUCGGGUCCCAGCUUGUACCAGGUGAUGAGCGGCUGUGAGGUUUUCAACAAGGUGCUCCUCACAGAUUUCCUGGAGGUCAACAGACAGGAGCUGAGGACCUGGCUCCAGGACAAGGGGGGCUCCAGCAUGGACUGGACCCCAUUCCUGCAACACGUCUGCAAGCUGGAGGGACGACCGCCAUCGGCAUGGACAGAGAAGGCUGCCAGGCUACGUCAGACCAUCGUGGACAUCGUCCACAUUGACGUGCACUCCCCUCAGCCUCUGGCCCUGGACGUCCUUCCUUCAGCCGGGGCCGACUGUCUCGUGUCCGCCUACUGUCUGGAGAGUGCCAGUCCUGACCUGGCUGCCUUCACCAGGGCCCUGGGCCACAUUGGGAGGCUCCUGCGGCCCGGUGGCCACCUUCUGCUCAUAGGAACUCUGGGAAUGACUUACUACAUGGCGGGGCCUGGGGUAAAGAUCCCUACGGUCCCAGUGAAUGCGGCCCAGGUCUGUGCUAGUCUGAAGGAGAACGGCUACACCCUGAUCAGGCUGGAGGUUUACAGAGUGCCUCAAGACAUGAUGCUGUGUUCUGAUGAUUCCCCCGGGACGUUUUUUGUUAAGGCAAUGAAGGAGUAAAUGUGACAAAAGAGUUUAGAUAAGGGUUAUUAAAGAUGAAAGGGAAAAUGAUAAGUUUUCAGAUGAAAAUAUAUUUUAGGCCGAGGUAAAAGCAAGGUGUAGCAAUGAGAAAAUGGUGCUAAUAAGAACACUCAAACAUAGUGAUUUUUGUGGGCAAGUGGAGGUUGUUUUGAUUCUAAUCAUCAAUCAUUUAAAUUGUUUUCAAACUGACUCUAAAUGGAAAAAAAUGCAAAGACAAAAAACAUGUUAAUGAAAUAUUUAACUUCAUUUCCUUGGUCCAGGAGAUGUUUCAGAAAUGUAAUUCCACAUUGCCCCCUGCAGGUCACACACAGAAACUACAGCAUCCAGAAUGCAACGCUUCCAGUUUUUGAUGAUGAGUUGCAAGUUGUUUUGUAAUUUCUGAUAAUAUGAAUAAAGAUGAUA